CCGAUAGAGGUCCACAAUGGGCUCCCAGUAUGUUUGUAAACUGGGAUUUUUACAAAUUUUGUCGUGAAUCGAAAUUGGAAGAUUAAUAUUAUUAAGCCCUUCGUUUAAUUUUAUUUCAUGGACAUUUUUCUAUCCGAUUAUCUGAUAUUUUUCCCAUUUGUACCGGUUUGUAUAUAUAUUUUUUAAUGACAAAAGGGGUUAGGUUUCGUACCCUUGCGGCCUUAUUUAUAAUCGUAAGAUCUAAUGCACUCAUUAAUAUCCUUAAAAUGUGAAACAUGAAUGAAUUGAUAAUAUAUUAGUUACUUUAGGUCUUUAAAAUUAUACAAGCACAAGCAAGGAAUUACUGGAGAUAUAUGACAUGAAACUCUCAAGUAAUUGUUUCAAAUAAUUUUUAUAACGAUGCAAAAUACGGAGGCAUCAUGUGAGGAGAAUGAGCGAGUAAUAAAAAAAUUCAAAACAAGUCGUUCCUCAUUGCCUUCUCUUGUAUCAUAUGAAACUUUGAAUGAACCAGAAACAUCACAAUCGGAAUUUUGUUUAUUUUCGAAACUUCUAGAAAUUCACCACGAAGAAUGUAGUAGAAGUACUGAAGAAUCAAAAAAUGGUUUGAAGUACAACUCUUUUCUGUUAGAAAAACUUGUAAUUAAGGAAAGACUGAAUACCCUAAUCCUAAAUCUAUAUCCCGGAAACAAAGGCUUUUCUAUGGCUUUUCGAACCAUCCCACGUUCUGAACUGGGCUCUGAUGACACUGCCAAUAUUAUAGAGACAACGCAGUGGCCCUAUGAAGACGAUGACAUACUCAGGCAUAUAGAUAAUGAAGAGCUUCCGCCAACUUUAGUAGAUGUAUUUGAAUUGCACUAUAGCCACCUAUUCUACAGUGGGUGCAUUAUUGCGGAAAUCAGGGACUAUAGACAGGCCUACCCCCAUUCUAAUUGUGAUAUCCAUCAUGUGUUGCUUCGUCCCACCCUGAAGAGUAUUAUGUCUGACAUCAACAACAUAGUUGAAAAUAACAACUCAACAUCGGAAGAGAAGGAUGAGUGGAGUGUGGAGGAGAGACACAUGCUGGAAAGUCAGAUUUUGCUUGCUGAUAAUCCGCACAUAUGUUUAGAUCCUGACAAUACCAUUAGCUUAUCGCAAUUAAGGCUGAAUCAAAGUAGGAAUAUGUGGAAUAUGCAUAAAUUCCACAGGAUGGCUAGGAAAUUUUCCCAGGUUACGGUCAAUAGGAAAAGGAAAUUAGAUCAAUUCACUCAUAAGGCAGGAUUAGAAUUAUACGAUUAUAUAAAUAGGGUUAGAACGAAAUCGAAAUCUCCAAACUCGGGCUCCAAGUUGAGAAAAUCGGAAAUCAAGGAGGUCAAACCCAUACCUGUACCUAAUUUGGAUUCACCGUCUAUUGGCCCGCCUUCUCAAGGAGUUGUUAUAAACGAGUUCAAGGCCUAUCAACCUCCCGUGGAAUCCAAUGAUUAUCUACCUCAGAUAGUUGAAGAGUAUGUAUUGGAAACGAAACUACCCCCUAAGGAUAAGAACAAACAGCGUGUAUACCAUAUCAAACUGUCGAUACUGCAGAGACCUUCAAAUUCGGAAUAUCUAGGAGAAUUAUACCUUGAUAGAGACCAUAAGGAGAAUGAGAGGAAUGGAGUGGCCUGUCGAUUCACGUUAGGCACACGUAUGCAUGUCAACAAGUAUCUGCAGCAAUUUUCGGAAACAUUUACCAAGAGUGGUAGACAGAGUGUUGUCAUGCGACGCGGCGGUCGUAACACAAACUUCAAGAUUUCUCUAGGUCAAUUACAACAGAAUGCAGCUCAGUCAAGUGCCCAACAGAAACAACAACAGCAAAGUGUUGGUCAAUCUCAACAGCAAAAUCAACAGGUCGCAAAUUUACCCAAUCAUAUUAUCAAUGGAAUCGUAUCUGGUGGAGUGAAUAUCGUUCAAAAUCAAGUUCAUACUAGUACUUCUAGUACUCCCGUAUUGCAGAGUCACUUGCAGUCUAGUUCUACAGCGAGUAAACCAUCAACACAGACCCUCACUAAUCAACAGUUAGAAAUCAACGCUCUCGCAAUAAAACUGAUGAAUUUCGGUCAGGAGUUCCAAGCAGCGGCUCAUGCGAAGCAGCAGGAACAACAGCGUCAAUUACAGCAGCAUCAGCAGCAGCAACAACAACAGCAGAAAGCAACUACUAAUGCUAACAACACAAUAAUAAACUUACUGAAUAGUGGACCUGCAAGUAAUAUAAACAGUGAGGCUAACGCGGUUGUGGUCAAUGCAAUAAAUAACUCUUCUUUACUAUCUCAACAAAUACAAUCAAACACUCAACAGAAACUUUUGACGCCGCGAAAAAUGACAGUUAUGAACUUACCAUCGAACGCCCGAGUGAUAGGUCACGCUGGAAACUUGGUUAUGAAUAACAAUCGUUUGGCGGAAUUGAACAAUUUGAAUAGUGGACAACAAACUAUAACACUUACAUCUGUGAACAGUAACGAGAGCUUCAGUUAUACUGCAGUUCCAGUUAAGCAACAAGUGAUAAAUCAGCGCGUUGUCUCUACUUCAAAUGAGUCGAACAAACAGACCGCUUUAUCUGCACUUUUGGUCGGUACCCCAGCAGCAGAUAGACCAGACAUUGUCAGUUCGAAUGCCAACUCGCUCCUUCUUGAAAAAUUGGCCAGUUCUAGCUCAUCAAACUCCUCGCAGGGGACAUCGCAAUCUUUCCUCCAGAACCCCAACAAGCCUCAACAAUUCGUGGUGCAAUCACCUAAAAUAAACACCGUUCAGUCUCCGAUGUCCAGUCCCCAGCAGACGACCAACACCAUAAACGUUCAAAGUUUGAAGCUGUCGCAGUUGCAGAGUUUGACGGGUCUACAGAAUGUUCAAGUUCAGUUACCAGGUUUCUCCCAGCCGAUAUCACUUUCUUCGGCCGGAAACUUACAGGGUCACCCGACAGGUCUUCUGGUGUCAGUGCCAGUUACGUCUUCUUCGGCGACUAGCACGAUGUCUCAGUCCAAUAACGGUACAGGUGUUGUGAAUACGGGACCGACGGUUGUAUUGGCCAACGCUGCUGGUUUAACGAGCUUGGCGCAAUUAGUUAGUGGCAUGAAGAACCUGAAUCAGCAAGGUAUCAGACAGGGUGUACCAGCGACGGUUUCUCUCAGCCAAGGUCAGCCAUUUCAACUGAUAACUUCACUUCAAGGUCAAAGGUUACAGCAAGCAAACCUUCAACAAAAUCUGACUGCAAGAACUAUCCAAAGAACGCCAAUCACAAUCAAGAUGGCUACCUCUUCUCCUAACACAAAUACGAGUCAAGUAACCAUCAAUACGAACACUCUGAAUCAGCAGCUACAGAAGCAAGUGCAGCUUCAACAAUAUCAACAGUUAUGUCUUAACCAACAGCAAAAUGUUACCAGCGUAGGGGGAAAGCUGAGAAGACGAAGUAACACCUCCACAGAUCCUCAAUAAAUCAUGUUGAUAGUUUUAUAAUACUCAUCUGGUUCUCAUCAUUUCAUUUCAUUAACAUAGCACUGCCUUAUAUUUUUCUGAUUACAGAAUGGAAAAAAAAUUAUUUCAAAAAUGCUGUUCCUAUACUCAAACUGAAUGAAUAAGUUCAUUGGUGAAACAGUGAAGUUUUUUAAUGAAAAAACUAUUAUUAAUUUCAAUAAUCCUUAUUUUCAGAAACGAAAAUGGGAAAUUGGAAAAUAUUUUUUUCAUAUUUUUUUUGCAUAUGAAUUGGGCUAUUCAUAGUGUUAAUCAGAGAUAGUAUUUGAUUAAUUUUUCUAUGAAGUUCACAAAUGUUAUAUAUUGAUUAAAUUGUUCAAUAUAUUCAAGAAAUUUCGACUCCGUAAAUAUUGUUAAUUCUUAAUUCAACCCAAAGAAGCGGACUAUGUAUCUAAGAACAAUGUUCAUAUUAAAUAUGGCUGUUUUUAAUGUUCUUCAUUCAAGAUAAAAAAAUAAUCUAAUAGGAGCAUGGUGAUAUUUUGUCGUAUACUUGUUAUCCAUUAUUAUUUCAAAAUGAUGAAAUCAUUUUAGUGCAAUUUCUGUUAUUUUUUGACAAUACAGGAAAAUGCUUAUUCAGAAUUAGUUGGAAUUCAUCAUUUACAUGAAUUUAAUAAUUUUUCUUGGUACCGAGUUAAUAUUAUUCUAUCUGAUCCUCAAUUGCACCAUUACAAAAAAAAAAUCAGAUUCUCAAUCUUUCCUAAAAUAAAUGUGCCAAAAUCAGCCUGCUUCUAUUGUCAGUCCAUAGGUCUUUAAAAAUUAUUGGUAUUACAACUAUUACCAAUAUCAUAAUUUUUGAUUCAUUAAUAAUCAUAAUUUAUAUUUAGUUUUGUAAUUGGAGGUUAUGUAAGAGUCUCAUGCUGUAAAAUACCAGUACAGGGAAGAGUAUAUUGUUAUUGUUGUUAAAAGUAUUCAAACUGAAACUAAGUUCUUCUAAUCAAUUUAACAUGUUUUCAUAUGCAUAUUUAUAGGUCAAAAAUUUUUGGGAGUAAAUUGUUUAUUAAUUUUUUUCGAAUGUUUCGAUUUGAAAACUAUAAUUAUUCAAAUUUGUUUGAAGGAACAAAUAUUUUUAAAUAGACUCAUUCAAUACUAUGCUAGAUCAGAAAUUACACAAGAAUGAUUUAGUAUCUAUUGAUUAGUUUUGUUUUCAGGAAAAAAAUUCCCACAUUAGUGUAUGUACUGAGUAUUACAUCGAUCAAUGAAAUUGGCAAAUUUAAUUAGUUAUUAAAAUAAUUUUUUUCAGAUCUCAUAGUUUUAUGCGGCAAUUAAAAAGUAACCGAAAGAAUUGACGCAAAAAAACACUUCUUACAAUUUGUAUAUAUUAGUUGAAUAUACUUAAUUUAUUUUCAUUUUAUUGAACGUCACAACUUUGAUCACAUUAUUAUUGGCUGGUUGAAUAUUUUCUAUUUUAGGUGUAUAUUUCUCAUUUUAUUUAUACCAGAACAGACUUCUUUUUAUUUUUUCAAUGUCUUGUAUAUAUUGUAAAUUACCUUCGAAAUGACCUCAUAUAGGCAUUUUAAUUUUUUUUUGUACUUUUGGGGGUCAUGGUUUUUAGUUUAACCAAUUUUUUAUUGGAAAUUUCAUUAAAAAAAAUUUUGAAAUUGUUUUCAGUUCUUUACUAAACAUCCUUUGAGACGGAAUUUUUAGGUUGCCCAUUAUUUUUGUGAAACCUGACUGUACAAAACUCCUGAUGUGAUUUGAACGUAACAUUAAUUUGAAACACUAAAACUUACUGGGAUAACAUUUUUGAUUUAUU